UUCUUAGAUGACAUGUGUAUUGUUUAGCGUGUAUACAGCGUGGAUAUCCCUCACAGUGGAGAAUCGGCUUCUGUACACACACUAGUGUUGUGAUUAGAUGCACUCACAUUUCUGUUAUCGACUUCAUCACCUGUCACUCGACAUAAACGUGUUCAAGAUACAAGUCGCCUGCGACUGAAAUACCCACCAUGGAAUUAGAGCGUGGGGAAUAUGCUCCUGCCCACCCAGUCGAUAAAGGGUGGGCCUGGGCUAUACUGUCAGCAUCCUUGGGUGCCAUGAUGAUAUAUGGAGGGAUACACCGUGGGUUUGGAAUUUUAUUCGUAGAGUUCCGAAAGACUUUUAAUUCCUCCUCAGCCAAUAUGUCUGUGGUGGUCAGUAUCCAGAUAGCAGUAAUGAGCCUCUCAGGUUUGUUUCUAAUGACUGUGGGAAUGAAGUACUUUAGCAGCCGACAGUGUGUCAUUCUUGGAGGAUUCUGCGUCACAACAUCUCUCAUACUCAGCACAUUCGCCCAAAGCGUCGUACACCUGAUUUUCACGCAUAGCGUCUUAGUUGGCAUUGGUCUCGCGGCGAUGAUGGGCCCAUCCCUUAUCCUCACAGGGCAAUAUUUUGACGUCAGACGUGGAAUGGCGAAUGGAUUUCACACUGCUGCCGCUAGUUUCGGUGCUUUUGUUUUCUCACCAGGGAUCAGUUACUUCAUACACACCUUCCAUUUGAAGGGUGCCUUAUUGAUUUUGGCGGGAUUAGCAUUUCACGUAGUGCCAGCCGGAAUGUUGCUCCGUCCACCCGAGUUGUACGAGAAAUGGGCUCGACGAAGAAGAUUGAAAAAUAGCAAUAAUAUAAAAGCGGCAAAGACGGCUCUUUUAAUUGCCGGUCCCGAUAAAGAUCUCCCGCAGAAAGGAACUCUCCGGUUGAAUGAAUAUCGUCCUUCAUCCAUCCACACGUCAGCAACGUUGAUUCCGUCCAUGAAACAGAAAGAUACUAUGAGUGUGCAUAGCUAUGAAAUUCCAAAAUAUUCUAAAGGUAUACACUUUUAUUCGAAUGGCAAUAUUAGCGAUCAUAGGCUAAGAUUUAAGGAAAAGAUAUAUGGAAGUGCCGACAUGAUAAUGGUGGUACAAUAUGGCCAAGGAUCAUCUUCUAGUUUAAGAAAUGACAGAAAAUCAAACAGUUUAUUAUCAAAUGCUGCGCUAACAAAUAGAUAUACAGAUCACGAGAAUAUCGAGUCAAGGUCAGAGUAUCAGGAAGAAAGUAAAAAUAUUCGAAAUUUUUUCAAUAUGUCUGUCUUUAAGAAUGCUUCAUAUGUAUUUUUCGCCAUUGGAUUCACGCUAGGUGUCCCAGUUGUCAUUACUGUAGUAUACCUCCCGGACGUCGCAAAGGAUUGUGGGAUUCCAAGCGACGAGGCUGCUCUUUUGGUGUCCAUUUAUAUGGUAGGGGAAAUAAUUGGCCGUUGUGGAAGCGGGCUUUUCUCUGGCAAAUUGAUUCACCGCCAGAUAGUGAUUGCUUGGGCGUUGUUGAUAGCGGGAAUUGCUCAAAAUCUCGUCCGAUUUCUGUUGACUUUCUGGCUACUAGCUGUCUUUGCCUUUAUUAACGGUGUAUUUGGAGGUCCCAUCCACGGGCUUUAUGCAUCAGUCGUGGCGGAUAUCCUGGGUAUUCAGAAUCUGAGAAGUGGGCUAUGUGUUCUACAGAUGUCUCAAGGUGUGAUUUGGAGUGUUAUUCUACCAAUAACAGGGUAUCUUCGAGAUGUUUCAGGAGACUACCUGUUGACAUAUCAUUUCGUAGGAUCAAUAACCAUUAGUGCCUCUAUCAUUUUAUUUGUCAGCCAUUAUAAACUAAAUUAUAAAUCACAAAAUGUAGAUGAAUUUGAUGUGGAGGAAGAAAGUGCAUAGGGUUUAUAUAAAUGUCGUUGUUUUUGUACGGUCUGUUUCGGUGAUCUUUCUGAAUGUCGAUUAUAUUUUUCAGAGCAUGUGUACAAUGUGCCGGUAUACAAGGCAUGUACAUGUACAUGUAUCAUUUAGAGAUGCUGUUAUGUAGUGUUUGCUUUUAGCUCAUCUGAGCUAUCAGCUCAAUUGAGCUUUUCUGAUCACCUGGUUGUCUACCGUCCGUCUGUCUGUCAAUAAAAGUAAUACAUUUUCAACUUCUUCUCCAUAACUACAUGACCAUUUUCAACCAAAAUUACGCAAAGCAUCUUUGAACAUAGGAUUCCAAAAUGUUCAAAUGAAGGUUUACACCCAUUGCAAAAGGGAGAUAGUUAAGAAAAUAUGGUGGUAAUAAAGACAAUAUGUGACAUCUUUUAAUAUCCUUCUUAAGAAUCACUAAGCCAAAAAAGGAUAAAAACUUAUGUGAGCUUCCUUAGCUUAAUAAAUGGAUAUUCAAAAUUGUUCAAAUCAUGUUCCCCAGGGGUAGAGUGGGGCUAUAGUAGGGGUUAUAUACGUCAGGAUACAUAGGAGAAAUCUUUAAAACUCUGCUUCUCAAGACAACAGGACCAUGGUUAGUCAAUAUUAUUAUGCAAACAUCCUCAUGUAAUGUAGAUUCCAUUUUUAAAUCUUGGUGUGUGUGUGGGGGGGGGGGGGGGGGGGGGCACAGUAGGAUGAAUUUUAUAUUGAAAUCAUAGGGGGAAAUCUUUUCAAGACCAGCAAUGUCACGGUUAGUCAAAACUAUAUACAAACGUUACGAGGUUGUGUACAUUUCAGUUUAUUCAAAUCAUGGCCCCGAAGGUUAGGGUUGAGCCACAAUAGAGGAUAUUUUUUUUUAUAUGGUAAUAUAUGAAUAUAUGUUUCCCCUCAAGAUCACCAGGGUCGUUAUUUGUCAUUAUCAAUAUACAAGCAUCUCUAGGUACUGCAGAUUCAAUUUUCAUCAAAUCAUGACAAGGGGAUUGUGAUAGAAUGGGGCCUUGAUAGGGGUUCAAAGUUUUACAUGAGCAUUUAUAUAUUCUUUGAAGAUUUUCUCAUGAAAAACAAUUGAUUAAUCAUAUCAAUACGCAAGCAUUUCACUGUAGUGCAGAUUUAUAUUUGACUGUUGGCGUAAAUAGGAAUUAAAAGUUUUACAUGGGAAUAUAUAGGGCAUUUGAAAAAAAAAAACUUUUCAAGAGUAGCAAGGCAACACUAAAUCAUAUUAAUAUGCAAACGUUCUGAAAUCAGGGUUCUUUUUUUCAUGGACCUUGGGGUUAAAAUCUCGUAUCAAAUUUUACAUAAUACAUGAAUAUGGGGUGUUUUAUUUUUGUUUGUUGGAAAACAACACAAUAUACUUCAGAACAGCUAGGCCUUGUUAAUCAUAUUGAUACCGAGGCAUCCUCAUGCUGUGUUAAUUCAAGUCUAGUUACAUCAGAACCCCAGGGGUUAGGUUGUGUGUCAUAUAAUGGGGUAAAACUUUGUCAUGAGAUUAAAGAGGGUAAAGAACUUCUAAAAAUAUUCUUCAGAACCGGGCCAAGGUGACUCAGGUGAGCAUUGUCCCAUGGGUCUCUUGUUAUUUGUACUUAUAUGCAAUAGCAUGUUUUGUUAUAUACACUGUAUGGAAGAAACUUUGGAAGAUCUCAAACAAUUUUGGUGGCUGGCAAAGUGUUCCAUAAUGUUCCACAUACGGGUACUAACUGUUGCACAAGGAGAGGGUGGGGAAGCGCAAUUGUUGUUUGCUUUGGUAUUUUAUACAAAUUAUAAUUCUAUAACAUUUAUAUCAUAUAAAUAUAUAUAUAUAAUUUUAGUAAAUAAAAAUAUGAUUCAAUUUA